UUCUUUUCUCUUCUUCUUUUUUAAUAUAUAUCUUAAUGUCUCAUCAUACUUCUUACACUUUAGCUGGAUUAUGUGCUGCAGGUGGAAUUGCAGGUUUUGCUAGAACUCGUUCAAUUCCAUCUUUAGUUGCAGGACUUGGCGUAGGUAUACUUUAUGGUACUGCUGGCUACUUGAUCCAACAAAAUAAAGAUUAUGGACAUGAAACAGCUGUGGCUGCUUCUACUAUCUUGGGUGGUGCUAUGAUUCCUCGUGCUCUAAAGACAAGAAAACCAGUUCCUGUUGCCCUAUCUGUCAUUUCAAUUGCCGCUGGUAGUUAUUACGUCAAGAAGAUCAUUGACUACAGCUAAAUUAUAUAAUCUCUAUGGCCUAAUGGCAAUAAAUUCUUAUAUUUUUUUUUGACAUUGAAAUGUUGAUGACAUAAUUACUAAUUCAUUUCAAUAUUUUAUCAAAACAUGUAGUAUUCAUGACUACUUUUAAUAUUAAACUAGGUGUUGUAUAAUAAAUUUUAU